CCGCAUCUAGUCUUAAAACAUAUAUUAUAGGUUCAACAGGGGAAUCUCAUCAUUGCCUCGUCUCGAGGUUCCCCCGCGCCGAUCUUCCCCGCGUAUCACCGACUCGAGGGCCUCUAAUGGGCGAAUGAAUCCCACGCCGUGCAACCGUCAGGUGUGAUCAAUUCAUAUGGGAAUUGCAGACAUGCAGUCCAGAAAUCACUAUAAGAAGGCACCUGUCACUGCAAAUUCUAACCGACAACGCCCCAAAGUCCCCUAUUCCCUCGAGAUCUACUAUCAUCAUGGCCACGACAGCUGAAGCCCCCAACCCCGGUCCCCAAACCCAGGUCAGUCUGACCUCAAAAGUCAUCGCAAGCAAGUCCCCCACAAGACUCCAACCUAAAUUAAGCCCACCAGCUCACACACCCUCUCCAGUCACCGGCGCCAACCGCGGCAUCGGUCUCGGCAUCGCCGAAUGCUGCCUCACCAACGGCGCCGCACGAGUCUACUCAAUCGACAUCAGCCCCCCAGGGGACGAAUUCACCCAGCUCGCAACCCGCUACCCAAACCGCCUCUUCUCCCUAACCGCCAACGUGUCCAACGAAUUGUCCAUCACGGCCGCAAUCGACCAGAUCAUCGCCGAGGCCGGAGCCCUGCAUGGCAUGGUCGCCAACGCGGGCCGAACGCACCAUAAAGCCGCGCUAGACUUCACGACAGAGGAGAUCGAAUCGCUGUUCAAUGUCAAUCUGUUCGGGGCGUUUUAUACGGCGCGCGCGGCUGCCCGCGCGUUUAUCAAGUUAGGCAUUAAGGGUUCCGUCGUGUUUACGGCGUCGAUGGCUUCUUAUCGUCCGAAUAAGCGCGUCCCAUCCGCCCCCUACGGCGCCUCCAAGGCGGGCAUCCGCAACAUAACCCACACCCUAGCCAUGGAAUGGGCGCAGUACGGCAUCCGCGUGAACAGUGUCUCCCCUGGCCUCGUGAACACCGCCAUGACGUAUUGGGUGCCGCAGCAGCCGGACUGGGAGCAGCAGAUGAAGUACUACGGUGGCUUUCCGCGGUUGGCGGAGGUGCAGGAAUUAGGGGGUGCGUAUGUCUAUUUGCUGAGUGAUGCGGCGAGUUAUACGACGUCGAUUGAUAUUCCGGUUAAUGGGGUUGUUGGGAUUUGUUGAUAUAUGGGGACGCGAACAGAUCGGGAAUGUUUUCUGGUGGAUAAGAUGGACAGGGCGUUUAUGAUAAAACAGGCAGAACAGCCUACUUAUGUUUCUAUUCUCUACUGGCUUGUUUCGUC